CAUCAAGAAAACACAAGAGAGCGGAGCAACGAACGUAGCAGAGCAGCGCCCCCAAUCCCAUACCUUUCCUCUCUGCGUCUUCCCUCUCCUCCGUCGUAACCCACCGAAGCUUCCUCCAAUGGUGGGAUACGCCGGCCCGUGCCCUUGCUGCAGCGGCGUCAAGCGCCGCCGCGCCGAGAUGGGCAGCUCCGACUCGUUCCCGUCGCCGGGGUCCCUGCCGGACACGCCGCCCGCCAAGAUCCCGCGGCUCACCUCCGCCUCCAGCGCCGCAUCCGUGUCCGCCGCCGAAGCAGAGCGGGACGAGAAGGCCGCGAAGCCUGCGCCUGCUGUUGUCAAUGUCGGGCCGGAUCAAGAAGACGAGACCAGCGACGGGGACGCGUCGUCGGAAGCGGUGGCCGCCGUGGAAGCAGUGAUGGCUGCUGCUGUUCUCUCCGCCAAGUCGAUGGCCGAGGAGGCAGAGCAGGACGAGGAGCCGGCAUCUGCCGACUUGGUACCAGAGCAGCAGGAGGCCCAUGCCAUGGCAUUGCUGGAGGCCGCGAUCGGCGAGGAAGAGCAGGUGGCCGACGAGGCAGAGAAGGCCGAUGAACCAGCGGCUGCUACGCCCGUACCAGAGCAAGAACCCGAGACCAAGGCUUCGCCCGAGGCGGCGGUUGCAGAGGUAACAGAAAAGCAAGAAUCAGACGACAAGGCAAUGCCGGAGGCGGCGACCAGCGAGAAGGCGGAAUUGGCACCGCCAUUGCCUCUCUCUGACUCUGAUCAUGGAUGCGGGACGCGGCAGGGGCCAGAGGCAAGCAUUACGGCUGGGACUGCGAGGGCCAGCGGCGAGAAUGGAGCGACCGAGACGGCGGCGUCUCCGGCACCGGCGAAGGCGAGGCCGAGGUUGACGGCGGAGGUGCGGAUGCAGAAGGGCGUCCACGUCGACAUCAGCUUCAGGUGCAAGUGCGGCGGCCUCUGCCGCGACAUCGCAAUAGCAUGAGCGGCUCUUUUCUGUCCGAUUCUCAGACUGUAAAGUGUUCUCUGACAGAGGCCGUAGCUUAGUUUUUCUUUUGGUGCUGUUCUUGCAACUUUGUGUUCAGAAUUUCAUGUUGUUUGUAGGCGCUGCUGCUUAGUGAUUGUGCUCACUUUAAUCGUGGCUGUAGGGUAAACUCGCUCUGUGAGUUCAGGCUGUUUCAUGUUCAGAUUGUGUUUUGAAAA